AUGUCCUCAAACGAAUUGGAGCGGCGGCAGAAGAGCCACGUUCCUGACGUGGUAUCUAAUCAGUUCUCAAGCAGCCCAAGCAGUUGCUCUGGCCUCCCCAAAAUAUCACUCGCCUUGCGAACUCAUAGAACCCUAAACACCGCUCCUUCUGUCUACUUCUCGGAGUCCUCAACUCCGGCUCCGGAAGGGGUUCCGGGAGACCCACCCGGCGCCGACUCUGUGGGUCUUCUUGGCAGAGCAAACAGCUACCUUUCGUCUGAAACAAGCAUUGGGUUAAUUUUGGGAAACAAGGAGGACAAGACAAGGAGAAUGGAGGGGCUGGAGACUUUGGAAGUCCCGAUGGAGUUGGCGGAAACGGUUAUCAAUAUGCAUACGCUUUAUGCAGCAGAGAUGAACACCCUGAAGGACACCCUGAAGAAAGAAAUGAGACUUUUGAAACAGCAGAAUGACGAGCUUGAGAGGAGACUGGACAUGCAGUAUGGAAUUUUGUGGCAGACGAAGGAGUUUAUGCAAAAUAUUCGUAAUGGUUCGUUUGGGGGUGUUGAUGGAGGGGAUCUGCCGACGCUGUUUGAGGAGAGGGAUGAUGAUGAUGAUGAUGAUGUGCGGAUGAGAAGCGUGGAUAUGGAGGUGCCGCCGACGCCGGAUACGGAUAGAGAGCCUAUCAGGAGUACUGGGCGGAAAGUUACGAAGAGGAAGCCUACGAUUGGGAAUUCUGGUGUGAGGAAGGCAAAGAAGAGACAGACGACGGCGAGGAGGGCGUUAGUGGAGGACAAAACAUUACGUUCUAAAAACAGCGCUGAUGCAAUGGACCUUCAGCAACAGGAGGGUUUAGGCUCGGAGACGCUGCAAGAGGAGGAAGUCAAUCAGGAGAGGGAAGAUGAUGGAGGCCGAGCUGAUGACGAGAAAGAGGAUGAGGAUGAGGAUGGACUUAAGAUAUUAGCUGGCGCGCGGCGGCUUCGAGCCGUGGUGCGGAAAUCUCUUUGGACAGCCAUAAACGACCCCCCAAGAGACGACAACCCCCCGGAUCUCAACGACCCCUCCGAGAACAACAACGACUCAGACACGGAUUACUGCCCUUCCCCGUCGCCCCCAGCGUCGGAAUUUUCGCCUGAAGACGAACAUGCAGAUGAGCCUGAAGAUGAACCUGAGCCUGAACCCGAACCUGAACCUGAACUUAGACCUGCCCCUAAACCUCGUCGCCGCCCUGGUAAACGAGCCCAAAAACCAACACCAAUAAAAUCAGUGCCAGGCAAACCCCGAUACAGCGUCAGCCGCAGUUCAAUCCCCCGCUACCACACUCUUCCAGACGGCGGCCGCUUCCACUUCCGCCGUAUGUCGAAGGGAACCACUGUCCUCUCCAUCUGGAACCAGUACAAGUUCGGUGACCGCGAGAACCCCCCCAUCGAGCUCCUCGAAACAACAUAUGGCACGGAAUGGCGCAAGAGAACCACCCCCGAAAAUGAUCGCCAUUACAAGUAUAUAAGUAAUUAUAUUAAUGUGCGGCUCAAGAUUAUUCGUUACCUGGAGAGGAUAAUUGAGGUUAAGAAGAUUGAGCCGGAAGACGCGUGUAAAUCAUUGGGCAAGAUCGCGGAUGGGCAUAUUCAUGGGUUUCUCGAUUCGCUGACGCAGGGUAAGGAUCCGUUUGAUGUGCUUCCGGUAGCCAGCACCUCGUAUACGUAG